AUGAGGACCACUCCUUCAGCAGUACAGCCAGCUCCUGGUGCAUUCCAGACGGAAACAAACCUGCCACCGGAUUCUCUGCUUCUCUUCCACCGCUAUAUAUUUAUUACCGCACAGCGCGCGGGCCAUAUUCCUAACUUUCUUGUGCUUGGAAUGAUUGCUCUGAUGGCUAAAUUUUCAUCUAACCCUUACUUUGAUAAUAUCCACCUCUGGCAGAGAGCCAAGUGCUGGUUCUCAGCUGCAAUGCAGUCUUUUAAUGCUCGAACGGAAUUGAUCGAUUUACCAGCUCUGCAAGGAUGCAUUCUUCUCUCCUUCGUCGCGCUUGCGGAGGGAGAUUCCGCGCAGGAGGCACUACUUACGUCCCAGGCUAUCUGCAUGGUUCGAAUGCUGUGCUUACCGGAAAGCUUAAGCUUAAAUCCCAUCCAGCGAGAAGUAGAAAUUCGAAUUUUCUGGGUGAUGUGGAUGAUGGAGAACUGGCACGCCGCCCGUGCCCUUAUCCCCAAGCAACUGAUGGCGAGUCCCACUUUUAAGCGUCCACUGGAAGAAGAGACUUACAAGAAUAUGAGACGGGACGACCUGGCUGGUGAGUAA